UGUCUGGGACAGCUAAACCUGGGGAAGUUGUUUCUCCUGCAGUGAGCAAUGCUGGUUUCAAUGUAAACAAUACAGUUUCAAGGCCUUUGCCCCCAUGUCCUUGGCGGCGGCAGCAGCAGCAGCAACAAGGAUAUGGAUUGGGCUGAGAGUUCCUUGGUGUAGGUAGCGUCCGAUCAGUUAGGGUGGGUGGCGAUGUUCAGGAACUUUUCUGGUAAUGGUCCACCACCAAAGCCAUGGGAGCGUGUAGGGACUUCAUCUGGUCCAGCGCCUUUCAAGCCCCCAUCUGGAGGCACCACUAGUGACGUUGUCGAGGCUUCUGGGACGGCGAAACCCGGGGAAGUUGUUUCUCCUGCAGAGAGCAAUGCUGGUUUCAGUGGGAAUAAUACAGUUUCAAGACCUUUGCCCCCACGUCCUUGGCAGCAGCAGCAACCAGGAUAUGGAAAUUCUUAUGGAGGUUAUGGUGCCACUACGUAUAAUUCAUAUGGUGGAUUUGGUGGGGCUUAUAGUAGCGGUGCCGGUGGGCUAUAUGGAAAUAACAUGUAUUCAGGUUAUGGAGGAGGUUAUGGUGGCUCAUACGGUGGUUCUGGAAUGUAUGGUGGGUCGAUGUAUAAUAAUGGAAUGGGAAAUCCCUACGGUGGUAUGGCCAUGAGUCCUUACAAUCAGGGUCCUAAUUCAUUUGGCCCUCCAGCCCCACCCCCAGGUUUCUGGGUGUCCUUCCUACGAGUGUUGCAUGGAGCUGUGAAUUUCUCUGGGCGAGUUGCUUUCCUUCUCAGCCAGAACACUCAGGCAUUCCACAUGUUCAUCACAGCUCUUUUGCAGUUAUGUGAUAAGUCUGGAAUGCUUUAUAGCGAGCUUGUGAUAUUCGCUUUACGUUUGCUGGGGGUCAAAACAAAACCAAAGAAAGGCAAACUUCAGGGUGCAGAAGUUCCAUCGUUGGAGAGGCCAGGCCAGCAAUUUGUGGAGGCACCAAAAGCUAACAAGAACUCAUGGGAGAAGACGAGGACGAUGAGUUUGCUUACAGCUACGGGGAGAAAAGAAAUCUGAUGGCUCCUGUUCAGAUGCAUUUUGCAUUUGAACUAGAGGGGAAGAAACCAAGUAAUCCCUAAUGCUGGUUGUAUAUACGGUGAUUCUUUUUCUUCCCUAGUAAUGUAUAUGUGCAGUGCUGUUACGGGGAGUUUGCUGCUUUGAGAAAUGUGAUCUUUUUUUUUGCGGGGAGUGAGGAAUGCGAUCUGACUGUUAAAGCAUGUGAGUUGGCAAUUUGUCGGUUUGUUGAGAAUAGAGUAAAUAUUACUGGCACCUUGUUAAAAUAA